GGAGCUUAGGAACGGUUGCUAGGGCACACCCCCUUCCCUCUAUGCGAUGGCUGAGAGGCGGUGCAUGCAGAUGGGGACUCGGCUCGCCCCCCAUCUCACCCCCCCAAGUGGAGAUUGGUCGUCUUGUCGGAUUGCCCAGGCACUUGUUGCCGAAACAGCCAAGGCUCCAGCUCCAGAGGUCAGUGAAGGAGGAAGACACGGGAGCAAGACUACCCUGAAGGGCUCACCAGCGGUCUCAACCCUGAAACAGACCCGGGUCUCUUCUUCCCACCUGCCGAGCAGCAUGUGAGCAGCAUGACUGGCCAGCUGCAGGAGAAGCCCCCAGAGCCAGGACCGCGACACAGCCACCCGCUGCCAAGGUCAAGGUGUGAAGGACUUUCCCCCACCACGGUGGUGUCUGGUCCGUACCUCCGCCCGGGUGAGGAUGUAGGCACCUCGGCUCUGCUGAUGACCUGUUCAAGCCAACAGGGACCCCUGUCUCCAGCCACCCUCACAGACAUGUCAGCCGUGGAGUAGGGUGGACGCUUUCUCUCAUCUUCUCAGGGUUUCAGGAUUUUUCUUCUUUCUUUUUUUCUUUUUUUUUUUCUUGGUUUUUGGUUUUUGUUUUGUGGCUGAACACUCAUAAGCAAAGAGGACAUCAUGGGGGACCAGCAACUGUACAAGACCAAUCACGUGGGCCACGGUGGUGAGAACCUCUUCUAUCAACAGCCACCCCUUGGUGUCCACAGUGGGCUGGGCCACAGCUAUGGGAAUACAAUCUCUGGGGCUGGGAUGGACGCCCCGCAGGCCUCACCCAUCUCGCCUCACUUCCCUCAAGAUACUCGGGAUGGUCUCGGCUUGCCUAUUGGCUCCAAAAACCUUGGCCAGAUGGAUACCUCCAGGCAGGGAGGAUGGGGAAGCCAUGCAGGGCCUGGGAACCACGUCCAGCUUCGUAGCAACUUGGCCAACUCAAACAUGAUGUGGGGGACGCCCACCCAGGUGGAGCCCGCUGAUGGCUACCAAUACACUUAUUCCCAGGCCAGCGAGAUCCGGACCCAGAAACUCACCAGUGGUGUUUUGCACAAGCUGGACUCUUUCACCCAGGUAUUUGCCAACCAAAACCUGCGGAUUCAGGUCAACAAUAUGGCCCAGGUGCUGCACACCCAAUCAGCGGUGAUGGAUGGAGCCUCCGACAGUGCCCUCCGUCAACUGCUGUCUCAGAAGCCCGUGGAGCCCUCAGCAUCAGCUAUAGCUUCCCGCUACCAGCAGGUGCCCCAGCAGCCUCACCCUGGCUUCACGGGUGGACUGCCCAAACCAGCCCUUCCAGUCGGGCAGCACGCUCCCCAAGGGCACCUGUAUUAUGACUACCAGCAGCCCCUGGCCCAGAUGUCCAUGCAAGGAGGACAGCCACUGCAAGCCCCUCAGGUGCUGUCCGGCCAUAUGCAACAAUUGCAGCAGCACCAGUAUUACCCACAGCCGCCGCCUCAGCAGCAGCAAGCCGGACUGCAGCGGAUCUCUGUGCAGGAGAUGCAGCAGCAGCAGCAGCCGCAGCAAAUUCGCCCCUCACCACCUCAGCAGCAGCAGCAGCUCCAGCUGCAGCAGCGGCAGAGUUCACUGCAGAUACCUCAGUAUUAUCAGCCCCAACCCAUGAUGCAACACUUGCAAGAGCAGCAGCAGCCAUCCAUGCACCUGCAGCCACCCUCAUACCACAGGGACCCUCAUCAGUAUACCCCGGAGCAGGCACACGCUGUCCAGCUGAUCCAGCUGGGCUCUAUGCCCCAGUAUUACUAUCAGGAGCCUCAACAGGCCUAUAGCCACCCCCUCUACCCGCAGAGCCACCUGUCCCAGCACCAGCAGCGUGAAGACGGUCAGCUGAAGACAUAUUCUAGUGACAGACAGACCCCGGCUAUGCUGAGCUCCCAUGGGGACAUGGGAACUUCUGAUACAGGAGUGGCAGAUCCAGCCAGCUCAGAAAUGACUCGGGUCACUAGUACUCUUCCUCACCAACCGCUCCUGUCCCCCAGUGGGAUCCACCUCAACAACAUGGGGUCUCAGCAUCAACAGCCGCCAUCUCCCAGUGCGAUGUGGCCCCAGAUGCACUUACCUGAUGGGAGAGCCCAGUCCGGAUCCCCGGAAUCAAGCAGCGGCCAAACCAAAGGAGUGUUUGGGGAACAGUUUGAUGCCAAGAACAAGCUGACAUGCUCCAUCUGCCUGAAGGAGUUCAAAAGCCUGCCCGCCCUGAACGGCCACAUGCGGUCCCACGGGGGGAUGAGGGCGUCCCCCAGCCUCAAACAGGAGGAAGGAGAGAAGGCCCCACCGCCUCAGCCUCAGCCCCAGCCUCAGCCCCAGCAGCCACUGCCACCUCCGCCUCCUCCGCCGCCGCCACCGCAGCUCCCUCCUGAGGCAGAGCGCCUCACGCCUAUGGUCAUGCCCGUGUCUGUCCCUGUCAAGCUAAUCCCACCCAAGCCCAGCUCUCAGGGGUUCACCAACAGCGUCGCUGCCACCCCCGCGGCCAGAGACAAGCCAGCCAGCUCGAUGUCGGACGACGAGAUGCCUGUGCUCGUGAGGAUGACCCUCUCCCCCCCUCACUCCCCCCAAGGGGCUGCCCCCCGUGCGCCUGCUGAAAUCCCCCGGAAACAUCCACCUAUCGCCGCCAAAGUUGAGGAGCCCCUCAAGAACCUACCAGAGAAGAAGAAAUUCCGGCACCGGCCUGAGCCCCUCUUCAUCCCACCACCGCCUUCGUCCUAUACUCCCAACCCCACCUCUUACUCGGGGGCCACCCUGUACCAGAGCCAGCUGCGCUCCCCGCGAAUCCUCGGGGACCACCUGCUCCUGGACCCCGCCCACGAACUGCCCCCCUACACGCCGCCACCCAUGCUGAGCCCUGUGCGCCAGGGCUCAGGGCUCUUCAGCAAUGUCCUCAUCUCUGGCCACGGCCCUGGAGUGCACCCCCAGCUGCCCCUCACUCCCCUCACGCCCACGCCACGUGUGCUGCUGUGCCGUUCCAGCAGCAUCGAUGGCAGCAAUGUGACAGUCACCCCAGGACCUGGAGAGCAGACUGUGGAUGUUGAACCACGCAUCAACAUUGGCUUAAGGUUCCAAGCAGAGAUCCCAGAACUGCAAGACGUCUCCGCCCUGGCUCAGGACACACACAGGGCCACACUGGUAUGGAAGCCGUGGCCUGAGCUGGAAAACCAGGCCCUCCAGCAGCAAGUGGAGAAUCUUCUGAAUUUGUGUUGUUCCAGUGCGCUGCCAGGUGGAGGAACCAAUUCGGAAUUUGCUUUGCACUCUCUCUUUGAGGCCAAAGGUGACGUGAUGGCUACCCUGGAAAUGCUGCUGCUGCGGAAGCCAGUCAGGUUAAAAUGUCAUCCUUUAGCAAAUUACCACUACGCCGGUUCUGACAAGUGGACAUCCCUAGAAAGAAAACUGUUUAAUAAAGCAUUGGCCACUUACAGCAAAGACUUUAUUUUUGUACAGAAGAUGGUGAAGUCCAAGACAGUGGCUCAGUGCGUGGAGUACUACUACACUUGGAAGAAGAUAAUGCGACUAGGCCGGAAACACCGGACACGCCUGGCGGAAAUCAUUGACGACUGCAUGACCAGCGAAGAGGAAGAGGAGGCCGAGGAGGAAGAAGAGGACCCAGAAGAAGAUAGGAAAUCCAUAAAAGAAGAGGAGAGUGAAGUGGCCAAGUCUCCAGAGCCACCGCCUGCCCCUGCCCUGGCUCCCACUGAGGGGCCACCCAUGCAGGCUGUUGGCCAACAACCAUCAGGCAACUUCAUUUGUGAAAUGCCCAACUGUGGGGCUGUGUUCAGCUCCCGACAGGCACUGAACGGUCACGCCCGCAUCCACGGCGGCACCAACCAGGUGGCUAAGACCCGAGGUGCCAUCCCCUCUGGGAAGCAGAAGCCAGGUGGCACCCAGAGUGGGUACUGCUCAGUGAAGAGUUCACCAUCUCACAGUACCACCAGUGGAGAGACGGACCCCACCACCAUCUUCCCCUGCAAGGAGUGUGGCAAGGUCUUCUUUAAGAUCAAAAGCCGGAAUGCGCACAUGAAAACCCACCGGCAGCAAGAGGAGCAGCAGAGGCAGAAGGCUCAGAAGGCAGCCUUCGCAGCAGAAAUGGCAGCCACCAUCGAGAGGACUACGGGGCCGGUGGGGGCGCCCGAGCUGCUGCCCCUGGACCAACUGAGUCUGAUGAAGCCAGUCAAGGACGUGGACAUCCUGGAUGACGAUGUGGUCCAGCAGUUAGGCGUCAUGGACGAGGCCGAGGUGGUAGGCACGGAUCUUCUCUUGGACGACCAAGAUUCGGUUUUGCUUCAGGGUGAUACAGAACUCUAAACCCUCCCGUUCAUCACCUAGAGACACAGAAGCCACGGCCUCCACCUCUGUCACCCGUAGAACCUGGACUUCCUGCUCCUUUGGAAACCCUUUUAAACUACCUGUUUAAAAAGCGGUCCUUUUCUUCAGGUUAAGGGAGGGGAAAAAUCCAGUUCUUUCUCUUUUACCUUCUUUUACAUUGUUUUUGUUGGGGGUUGGGGGGAAUAAAAAAAAUUGGCACAACUAUCUUUAAGAGGUGUCUCAUCUGGGCUAUGUUCUCACGAGGCUGCAUCCUUUGGGGUAAGCCUUCUCCUUCGUGUUGCUUUCAGAUGUCAGCCACCCUGGUUGCCUUUAUGUCCAAACUUCUUGCUCUGUGUGUGUGUGUGUGUGUGUGUGUGUGUGUGUGUGUGUGUGUGUAUAGGUAGGUAGCAGGUUAUCCCAUUCAUUCUGGGACUUUAGGCCAUGUUUUCUCACGAAGAAUUAUUUUAUUCUGUUCUGACCUGCAAGAGUUCUUUCUCUCAAAUCAGAAGAAUUUCUCUCUCUCUCUCUCUCUCUCUCUCUCUCUCUCUCUCCCUCUCCCUCUCCCUCUCCCUCUCCCUCUCCCUCUCCCUCUCCCCCUCCCCCUCCCCCCUUCUGUUUUAAACAUGGUCCGUGGCCAGUGGAGUUCUGAACUUAUUUUGCACCACUUGAACGUACUGUGAAACCUCUUUCACUCUGACUUGCUCUAACGUGUGUGCUGGUCUGAGCUUUGCCUAGAUGUUAGCUACAGAGAGAUAGGGUUUUUCUUAACACAUACAGAUGGAAAGUGCUUUGAAAGCCAACACAAAUGUGUCCAGACUCAAGUUUGCUACAGUGCUCGCAUUCAAACAAUGAAUGUAUUUGUUCCAAGUCACUUACCAAAGCGAUUCCAGACUUCUCUAAGCUACAUGGCUUUGCUCUGUCCCCGACAGCAGGGGGCGCCAUUUGUACUUGAAGGCAAUAAACCUGCAAUCCCACAAAACGGUCAUUGCCUAGGCUUUCCCUGUCAGUUAGGCUGACCCCCUCCCACUGCUAGUGCACAGUCAGACUGGACCACUGCCCCUGGCACAGUGGGGCGCCUGUCAGCCUCCCUUCUGUGAUCAUGGCCUGUGGCCUCCAGGUGUCUUCAGGUCUUAACCCUCCUUGAGUAGACUAGCUCCCCAGCUCUGUGUAAGCGUAGCUAUCAUACUGGGCUCUGUGCUGGCCCGUGAUCAGCGUGGCAUUAGCGAGCAUCCUAGUGGAGGAGUAGGGUUGGACACCCUUCACAUUGGAUUCUACAAAACCAUUUGGCACAUACUCGGGGCCAGGGCACCGUGGCCCACCACAGCCCCCACUCAGGCAGUGGCUUCUGAGUCUCAGGAAAGCCACAAACAGAAGACUCUUUACCAAGAUUCUAUUCCUGUCCAUCACUGUUUUUAGAACUCUCUUGAGGUCCUUCCUAGGUGGGGUGGGGGUAUAUUUUCCUCGCUGUUGUUUCAGAGGCUUGUCGUAGUAGCCUGUGUGUGAUCUCAGCAGCGUUGCUUUAAGAACUCCCUGGGCAUCUUGCAUGCGCUUCCUUUAAAACCAUUCCAGCGGCCUCUCCUCAGCAGACCCCAAGGCCCUGUCUGUCGUGGCGUCUGCUUAGCUACAGAAAAGAGCAAAUGCCCAGAGAACUUGAGGAAGGAAGCUGGUGUCCUCCCGCUUGGGGAUUUGCCCAGUUUGAAACCUUAGAAACGAGCUGACCUGCCACCGCCGAUAUCCAAGGCACAGUUCAUUUUGAUUUGUCAUGCAGAAUAGCAUAAGGAAUAUUUUGACUUGAAAUAACCAAAGAACUCCUCCUUAAUGAGACAGUUCAGAUACCUGUGUUUGUAUUUCCUAUCAGCUUAAAGUUUAAUUGACUUCCGAUUAAAAUAUUGCACUUUUUUUUUUUCCUGAAAUGAUUUUACCUGCAUGUGCGUGUUGUGUUUCAGCUGCCCCUCCUCCCAGGCCCCAAAGAACUUUUCUUCCUAAUGGUUAAUGUCUUCACACGGCUCCCACUGAUGCGAUGGUUUUUCAGUAAUGGAUUUAGAUUUCCUUUGAGAAAGCCUGUAUAUAAAAAGUUAACAGAUAUAUUUUAUGGAAAAAAAAACCCAUCUUAUUUUCAAAUAUAUUUAACUGCUGUUAUAUUUUAUUAGAGGAAGGUUGUAAAUAUUUUCUAGGAGUUCUAUUGUAAAGAAAAGUAUUUUUGAAAAAAAUUAAUGUAAUAAAAAGGAAAACGUUUUUACAUAGUGGCUGUGCCUGCUUCCUGCUGUGCUUUGGUUCGGCCGUGUUCUCGGCCAGUGACUGCAUGCCUUCAGAUCAGGAUGUGACUCAGAUUUGCACUAUUCUAAGUUAGCAUCGUCGUUUCUAAUGUGCUUAACUGUACGUUUCCGGAAUGCGGCUCCCUCCCUCUGCACCGGCAAGUGCUGUGUGGAGUCUUCUCAUGUAUUUUUAAUGCGUGUAUUUUUAAUAAGGAUUUUAUGUAACAUUUUGGCAAAAAAAAAAAAAGAAAAAAGAAAAGAGAAGAGGACAGUAUUUUCUAGUGAAUUUUAUAAUAACAUUUUGCUAAAAAAUGUUUCUUCCUAGGUCAGUUUUUUGUUAAGGUGAAUCAAACGUCUUAUUUUCCAGGGGUUUUAAAAAAGAAAAAGAAAAAAAAAAGUUUGAAGCUGGAAAGCAACAUUCUAUUUAAACACCACAUGUAACAAAUGAAUAAAGAUGUUUUGUAGACCUGUCCUUUAGAGGUGCAUUCCUUAAAUUAAGAUGAUGAUAAUGGUGAUGAUGGUGAUGAUGGUGAUGAUGAUGAGAUGAUGAUGAUCUGGGGCAUCCUAGACUGUCUCCCAUCCCAAAAUGUUCCGUGUCAUGCUGUUUUAGAUUUGGUUUGUUGUUGUUGUUGUUGUUGUUGUUGUUGUUGUUGUUUGAAUGAUCACAAGACUUUUGCAGAUGAGAACGGGAGAAUAUUAAGGACAGUCGAGCCAAUCAGCCUUCUGAGAAACUGCUGGUUCCCACAGGUGGCCAGUCCUCCACUAGAAGUGUAAUAAAUAGCCCAAUACACAGUGGGCUCGGUGUUUCGUUAGCUGUCCUGAAUAAACCGUCACCUUUA